CAUUGUCCUCAUAUCUGCUCCCGAAACGCAUCUGGACGCUGUAUUCUAUUUCCUUACUUGAAGAGUUUUUCCUCUUCUGUUCUUGAAGAAAUUUCCUCUUUCUCAGGAAGGAAUCUCACUGCUGUGAAGCACAGACGGAUCAAUGUUGUGUAAAGGGUCACUCAUAUUUCCCAUUUUAGCUACUUUGUUCCUCUUCUCCUCUUUAUAUCCCUUAUCAUCUCAGGCUAAAGAUGGGAAGCCCAAUUCAGGUGAAAUUCAUAGUGAUGAUAUUGUGGUUUCGGGAGAGGAAAGAAGGGUUCUUGCUGAAAGUCCCAGUGGUGAGCAACCAUUGAACUCAUCAUCACUCAUCUUAGCUGCUAAAAGUACAUAUAGGAAAGACCCUCUCAAUGAUUUCAAGAAAUACACGGGUGGCUGGAACAUUAGUAACCGCCAUUACUGGGCUUCUGUGGGGUUUACUGCUGUUCCAUUCUUUCUAGCUGCUCUAAUAUGGUUUGCAGUCUUUGGGCUAAGCUUGAUGUUCAUUUGUGUAUGCUACUGCUGCUGUGCACGGGAACGUUAUGGAUAUUCCCGAUUAGCAUAUGCUCUCUCUCUGAUCUUCCUCAUUCUCUUUACUGUUGCUGCAGUAGUUGGCUGCAUUAUUCUGUACGUUGGACAGGGAAAAUUUCAUAGUAGUACAAUAAAUACUUUGGACUAUGUAGUUGACCAGGCAAAUACAACAGCAGACACUCUCAGGGAUGUCUCAGGAUAUCUGGCAGCAGCCAAACAGGUCUCAGUGGCUCAAUUUCUUCUUCCUGGUAAUGUGAAAAGUGAUAUCGAUGACAUCCUGACCAAGAUCAACUCUUCCUCGAGUGAACUUGCUAGUAAAACUUCAGAAAACAAAGAUGAUAUAGACAACCUGAUAGAAUCUGUGAGAGUGGCUCUUAUUGUUCUAUCUGCUAUUAUGCUCCUUUUAACAUUUCUUGGAUUCGUGUUUUCUAUAUUCGGGAUGCAGUUUCUUGUGUACAUCUUGGUGGUCAUUGGAUGGAUUCUUAUAACUGCAACUUUCAUUUUAUGUGGCAUAUUUCUUCUUCUUCACAAUGUGACAGCAGAUUCUUGCGUUGCAAUGGAUCAGUGGGUCCAAAACCCAACGGCUCAUACAGCUUUGGAUGACAUACUGCCUUGUGUGGACAACGCCACUGCACAAGACACUUUGAAGAAAAGCAAGGAAGUUACAUACCAACUCUCUGAUGUCAAUAACAAAUUCAUCACCACUGUCUCAAAUAAUAACCUUCCUCCCAACUCUGGUCGUUUAUACUUCAACCAAUCCGGACCUCGGGUUCCAAUCCUUUGCAAUCCGUUUCAUGCUGACCUAACAGAUCGGGCAUGUGCUCUAGGAGAAGUGCACUUGAGCAACGCGACAAAGGUCUGGAGUAACUAUGUAUGCAAAGUUUCCUCUAGUGGCAUAUGCAUCACAACCGGUCGUCUGACACCCAUGAUCUACUCUCAAAUGGCUGCUGCAGUGAAUGUAAGCUUCGGGCUGUACCAUUACGGCCAGUUCCUUACCAAUCUCCAAAACUGUGAUUUUGUGAGAGUCACUUUCAACGAAAUACACACAUCACACUGUCCUGGCCUACGUCGCUACAGUGAGUGGGUCUAUAGUGGGUUAGUUGUGGUUGCUGUUGCAGUAAUGCUCUCUCUUACGUUCUGGGUCGUGUAUGGGAGAGAGAGGCGCCACCGAAUCUACACUAAAACGCAUAUGCCAAAACAGCCCGGGGAAGAGUAAGAAAAGGGGCCCGUAUUACAAAUGCUUUGAAGUGUUAUUGGGGGACAUAACUCUUAUCAUUUUUCAUGUGUGAUAUUGUGUGCAUACUUGGAACGGGAUGUUUUUCGAGAUGCUGGUCUACUGUGUGUAACGUAGGGGUGUGAAGAGAAUCAACUUGUCCACGGGAGAGGUGGCACCGUGGCACCACGUCUAUACUAAACCACACUGGAUUUUAUUUCUUCGUGUAUCAUAUUUUUGUUUCUGCAUAUUUGGAAGUUGUCAUGCAAAUGUAUGUCAGUAUGUCACUUGACUGGCUCGACCAUUGGCAAUUUGGCAUCAUGUAAAGGGCCGCAGAGCGAAACAAGGUUACAUUGGUGUUAAACAUCUAAUGUUGGUAUAUGGUAAAACCCUUGAUUAGUCUCAAA